GGUGUGUGUUGAGGUGAUAGGUGUGUGUGCGUGUUGAGGUGAUAGGGGUGUGUGUGUGUUGAUCAGGUAAUGGUUGAUGAGGUAAUUGUUAGCAGACCUGUGAUUGAGCAGAUUUGUGACUGCACAACUCACCAGACUCUACAGGAGCUUUUCCCCACAUGCCAUCAAGCAACACAACAAACCCGUCUCCACCUGUUCACACUGAGCUGCACACGUUUACCCUCUUCUAUUGUGUACUAUUCCGAUUAGUCACGUGCUCUUUAUUUUAUCUCAUGUGAGGGUGUGGUCAGGAUGGAGUGUGCUGUGCUUCCUCAGUCGGAGAUGAUCCUUUACUGCCUCGUGUCCUUCACCUCUCACCUUUACUCCUUCUACCAGCUUCACGUGUUUUCAACAGAACAUGAGGAGAGCCUGGACAGGGAGGUGCAGCUGGAGGAUGGGUUCCUGAUCACAGGCAGUAAAAAGGAUGCCAGUGAUUUUGAGUGGAGUUUCUGGAAUGAGUGGGCGUGGCGUUCUCUCCUCUGGUCUCUGAUUGGUCAUGCUGUGGUCUCUCAGCUCUGCAGUGUUUGUUCUCCUCAGUUGAGAAAGGCCAUCCUCACAGUGUAUGGAGUUCUCUGUGCCUGGUGGCUUCUCGGUUGGAGGGGUGUGGUGGUUCUUAUGCUUCACUUGAGCAUUUCAUUGGCUGUUGCUCAGCUGCAGAGUUCCGCCCUCACCUGGGUCUGUGCUCUGUUCCUGCUCUCUACAUUACACAUCACCAGCAUACAGGAGGUCCAGCGAGACUGGUACGACUCAGAUCAGAAUUAUUAUCUCCUGAUGUUCAGCACUGCAAUGUGUGUGUUACGCUGCAUCAGUUUCAGCCUGGAGCUGUGCUGGAGCCCCCUGCAGGGCACACAAACUAUUUCAUGCUUCUCAUUUUUAAACUUUAAAAAAUUGUUAACACAAUUCUACAACCUGGUCUCAUACGGAUUCUACCAUCCACUGUUCUACAAUGGACCCAUCAUCAACUACAACUAUUUCAGACAACAGAUGGACAGAAUGGUGUGUUCCACAUCACCAUCCUGGUUGUUGAGUCAAGUUUUACGUUUGUGUGUGUGGUGGUGUUUAGCUGAGUUUAUGAUCCACUUUAUGUACAUGCACAGCAUCCAGAACAACGAGAUCUUCCUCAACAUGCUGCCAUCCUGGGCUCUGGGUGGCCUGGCACUGGCUCUUGUACAGUUUUUUUAUGUGAAGUAUUUGGUGUUGUUUGGUGUUGCAUCUCUGCUGAUGAAGUUAGAUGGUGUUGAGCCCCCUCCUCUGCCCCGCUGUGUGAGCACCAUGUAUAGCUUCCAAGGGAUGUGGAGGCAGUUUGAUGUGGGACUUUACAGAUGGCUCAUCAGGUAUGUGUACAUUCCUUUAGGUGGGUCUCAACAUGGGCUUUUCCAGAAGCUUAUCUCCAUGGCGAUGGCGUUCAGCUUUGUGUGCUUGUGGCAUGGUUGCCAUGACUACUUGCAAUGCUGGGCCCUGCUGAACUGGGUGUGUGUGUUCACAGAGAUCAGCAUCACACAUUUCCUCUGCUGGCCUCCUCUUCAUCACACUGUUCUCUGUUUUCUGACUCCACCCAUGAGGAGGCGUGGCCUUGCACUUAUCUCUGCAUUCUCUACAGCUCUGUUAAUUCUGUCCAAUCUGGUGUUUCUGGGAGGAAUUCACGUUGGCCGUGUUUACUGGAGGAGAGUGUUCCUGGAAGGUUGGUUCACCAUGGGGGUUCCUGUGCUCGGGUGUCUUUAUUGCUUCGCGCAGGUUGGACUGGAAGUGGACAGAAAGAGGAAAUGAAGAUUGUGUGUACAUUUUCAUUAUGGUUAACCACACAAUGCUGUAUUGAGACAGGUCUGGUGCAGUGAGAUAAGGGGUGGCGGUGUGGUGCAGUGAGAUGAGGGUGGUGGUGUGGUGCAGUGAGACAGGUGAGGUAGUGUGGGGCAGUGAAAUGGGGGUGGUGGUGUGGUGCAGUGAGACAGGUGAGGUAGUGUGGGGCAGUGAGACAGGUGUGGUGCAGUAACAUAGAUCUGGUGCAGUGAGACGGGGUGGCGGUGUGGUGCAGUGAGAUGAGGGUGGUAGUGUGCAGUGAUGGGGUGAGGUGGUGUGGACAAUACUGAGGACAAUAAAAACAACAGAGGACAAUUCUUUGGAAAUAGAAGACAUGGGGUCAGCAGCAGGAGAUAGUGUUAAUAAUCAGAUGGUAAAUGACAGUGUAAUAACAGAUGAUGUUACAGAAGAAGCCAGUAUGGGCAGUGAACCUGACAUGGAGGUAACAGAAAUGGACUUGGAAGAUGCUACACAGGACAAUGAAGAUAGCGAAUAUGAGGAGGAGGAGAGGAAAAACAACAAUGUUGGUGCAAAGAAAAAGAACAACAGAACCCCCUCAACAUACACACUGGAUGAAAUUAAUAACUUUCUGGAGAAUCUGUGGAAGUUUCUGACUACUUUCCGGAUCCAGACAAAUUCCUUGUAUUUACAGCAAAAAUACAAAAAAACGCCCCUUUGUGCAACUAAGCAAAAAUAAGAGGUUUGUGAGAUGAGGGUGGUAGUGUGCAGUGAUAGGGUAAGGUGGUGUGCUGCAGUGAGAUGGGUGUGGUGCAGUGUGACAGGUGUGGUGUUGUGGUGCACUGAGAUGGGGGUAGUAGUGUGCAGUAAAACAGGUGAGGUGGUGUGGUGCAGUGAGACAGGUGUGGUGGUGUGGUGCAGUGAGAUAGGUGGGGUGGUAGUGUGCAGUAAAACAGGUGAGGUGGUGUGGUGCAGUGAGACUGGUGUGGUAGUGUGGUGCAGUGAAAUGGGGUGGUGUAGUGAGACGUCUGUUGUGCAGUCAGACGGGUGUGGUGGUGUGGUUCAGUGAGAUAGAGUGGUGUAGUGAGACGGCUGUGGUGCAGUGAGACGGGUAUGGUGAGACAAGUGUGGUGAUGAUGGUAUGAUGAUGGUGGUGGGGAUGAUGGUAUGGUAAUAGUGGUGGUGAUGUAUGAUAAUGGUUGUGAUGAUGAUGAUGAUGAUGAUGGUGGUGAUAAUUGUGAUUUACAAAUGCAAUAUUGUAAAAUUCCCUAUUAAACUUUUUAUUUCUGAAGAAAACCAA